CGCACUUACCUGAAAAAUCUCCGAUCUCUCUGAUCGAAGACAAUGGCGGCGUAUAGAGCAGAGGACGAUUACGAUUUCCUCUACAAGGUGGUCCUAAUCGGAGACUCCGGCGUCGGCAAAUCCAACCUCCUCUCCCGCUUCACCCGCAACGAGUUCAGCCUCGAGUCCAAAUCCACGAUCGGCGUCGAGUUCGCCACCCGAAGCAUCCGCGUCGACGAAAAAGUCGUCAAGGCUCAGAUUUGGGACACCGCCGGCCAAGAAAGGUACCGAGCGAUCACGAGUGCGUACUAUCGAGGAGCGGUGGGAGCGUUCCUUGUAUACGACGUAACACGGCGCGUCACGUUCGAGAACGUUGAGAGGUGGCUCAAGGAGCUUAGAGACCACACGGACGCCAACAUUGUCGUCAUGCUCGUCGGCAACAAAGCUGAUCUUCGUCACUUAAGAGCUGUUUCCACCGAAGAUGCAACAGCCUUUGCUGAGAGGGAGAACACUUUCUUCAUGGAGACGUCAGCGCUUGAAGCUUUGAACGUUGAGGAUGCUUUCAAUCAAGUGCUUUCUCAGAUAUAUCGUGUGGCGAGUAAGAAGGCGUUGGAGAUUGGUGGUGAUGAUCGUGGUACGUUGCCUAAAGGGCAGAGUAUUAAUGUUGGGGGUAAGGAUGAUGUUUCUGAGGUUAAGAAGGUUGGUUGCUGCUCGAGUUAGAUGUUUUGGUUUAUGUUCUGAUUCUUGUAAUGUUUUUUUUUUAUCUGUUUUUAACAAUUUAUGAACAAAGAGGUUCUUUAGAUGAAUAAAAUUUAAAAGAGACGCAAACCAAAUGUACAAAGAACAAAAGAAGUAUGUACAGUUUUUUUAGUCACUAAGCCAGUCUCAGCUUUAGCCUGUAACACAAGUUAAGUAUCAAUAAUUUAUAACUUGCAUGUUUUAAAAAAAAAAACAUAGGCGUUAACCUCCUAUACUUGAUCGUUCCUUGUUCUUUUCUGUGACCAGUGCCUCUGAUUUACAGAUUGGGCAGACGUUCUUGAUAACCAACCACUUCUCCAAGCAUUCUGCAUGAUACUCGUG